UUCCUCUUGACGGGAAGUGGGAGGUCCUUCUCCACGAUCGAAAGAAAACUACAGCGCAGAUUGGGCUUUCUGCCAUUGUUAUAUUAAAGUAUAUAUUAAAUAUGGUAUCGAUAUAAAAUACAUCACACAAGGACCGACAUUGCAUCAGCCAUUUAGCCGCUCCUCGUCAUGGUGUCUGUGGAAGCGCUGCAGCUGUUGGUGUUGGUCUGCAUCGCCUUCGCUCCACAUGCUGGAGCUGAUGAUUUGGUGAUCGCCCCACAGUCUCCUUCUUUAGAAAUCGGGACCAACUUCACAGCUACGUGUAUAAUCAUCAAUUCAACCGAAGUCACUGCGGAUGACCUCUACUGGAAACUGUCUGACAAACCUGUGCCUAAAGAGCAAUAUACCAAGAUCAACAAAUCUGCUCUCAAUGUUACCGUUCUCGUAACCGGUGAAGAACCUGAGUGGUUAUAUUGCCUCUGCAAGAAAGUCUCACCCUAUUUGUCCUUGAACAAAGGCAAAUUUAUUCAUGGGAUCAUCCUCAAAAAAAUCUACGGUCUGGGGAAGCCUGAGAAUCUGUCCUGUAUGGCCGUUCAGGAGAUGAACUACAUCUCUAAAACCUUUCACUGUGAGUGGGACACAGUUGGACAACAAGACCCCUCUACACGCUACACACUGAAUGUUGAUGUGACCAAAACCAUGACCUACAAUGUAUUGACCAGUGAAAACCAUGCCCGAGUGGAUUUUGGGCACAGUUACCCCAAUCAUGUGAUGCUGGAGAUUUGGGUGGUGGCACACAAUGUACUAGGGGAAAUACAGUCUGAGCAUCUUAGUAAGGAUGCUGGCUCGUUUGUGAAAACAAACCCUCCAUCAGAUGUCUCAAUCACUUCAGAGGAAAGUUUUACCACCUCACUUCUGAUAAAUUGGACUCAUCCUAUUGCUAACGAAUAUGUGAAAUUAAGAUAUCAGAUACGAUACUGCCAAAAUGGAUCCCAAAGUUGGACUUAUGUACCGCUUGAUGACACUGCUAAGGACAUACAGUCCUUCAGACUCCAGAACCUUCAGCCAUACACAGUGUAUGUUGUUCAGGUGUGCUGCAAAAACAAUAAAGAGGGCUACGGUUACUGGAGCAACUGGAGUACCAACGCUACCAAGAGAACACCAGAGGACAUACCAAAUAAACCGGAUUUAUGGAGAAUCAUUGCUGAGAGGGACGACAUAAACCAACGACAAGUGCAGUUCAUUUGUAAGGAUCCUUUGUUGGCCAAUGGGAGGAUAACAAGAUUCAACAUAAAGGUUCAAGACCAAAGGGAUAAAUUGAAGAAUGGGAGUUUGGAGCCUGAGAGUUUCCCUGUCAACAGAUCCGACAGCAGCCCUUUCACUGUGCUUAGACAGAUUCACCUGGCUGAUCAGGAAUCUGUUAAAGUCUUCGUCACUGCUGUCAAUUCUGUGGGGAUAUCUGCAGAGGAAUCAUUGGUUGUUACAGAAAAGGCAUCCGAGCUAGCUCCAGUUAAAGAGCUGUUGGUGCGGCCCAAUGGGGGCCGGCUAUUGUUAGACUGGAAACCCCCCGACAGUACAGCUGUAUCAGAGUACGUGGUGGAGUGGGUCAGUGGUGAUAACACUGACUGGCAAAGGGAAAAUCGAAGAACCAGGCACACCGCAAUUAAAGGCAUCCUUGAGAAGUUUGUCUGCUACAAUGUAUCUGUGUACCCAAUUUACUCUGGACGGGUUGGGAAACCAGCAACCAAGGCAGCCUACCUAGAGCAAGGAGCUCCGUCGAAAGCCCCAGAUGUGGGAUUGAAAGGUAAACCAGGACACAACGAGGCCGAGCUGGUCUGGAGCAAGGUCCCCCAGAGAAGUCUGCGAGGCUUCAUCACAAACUACACCAUAUUUUACAAAAGUGGAACGGAAAUUCGGGAAAUCACCGUGCCAGCUAACACCACCUCAUACACGCUGAAGUCUUUGAGACGCAACACCACGUAUGACACUUGGAUCAUAGCCUCCACCAUCGGUGGCUCAGCCAAUGGCUCCAAACACUCAUUCACCACUCUGAUAUAUGCACCAGGAGAGAUGGUGGGCAUUGUGGUCGGAGUGAGCCUUGGCUUUCUGUUCCUCUUUGUCAUGACCAUGCUGCUCUGGGUCUACAAGAAAGACGUGAUCAAGGACAAUAUUUGGCCCAGGAUUCCAAACCCUCUAGAAAGCACCAUUGGAAACUGGUCUCCUGAUUAUCCUUUGAAAGUCGAAACAGCCAAAGAAACCGGCAUUUGUGGCGUCAGUGUGCUUGAUGUGGAUGUUUGCGAUGGGAAAUGCAUGUUUGAGGAAGACAAGACCAGUUUGGCCCUGAAGAAGGACAAGUAUCUGUCCGAGGAGCACAGCAGCGGCAUCGGGGGCUCCUCCUGUAUGUCCUCUCCUCGCCAGAGUGUGUCUGACAGUGACGAGGGCGGCGACAUGGCCGACACCACGGCCAGCACCGUUCAGUACUCCUCGGUGGUGGCUUCCAAUGGUUACAAGGGUCAGACCCCGAACUCCCAACCUCAGCAUGCUGUAUUUUCUCGUUCCGAGUCCACGCAGCCCCUGCUGGACUCUGAAGAAAACCCUGAUACGCUGCUGCAGGAGUGCAGCAGACAGUCCCAGCGUGUUCCCCGGGGGCCGCGCUCCACACACACACAGAGGAACGGUGACAUCGUGGAGCAACAGGAAGUGCAGGAGCCUCUGGACUUCUGUCCCCUGGAGGAGGACUGUGAGCAGGUCACACCUACAGACUCCAGCUACGUGCCUCAGCUGGGUGGCUACAGGCCACAGUGAGCGCAGACAGACCUACAUGUGGAAGACCACAUUUUUUUUUGCUUCACGCACCACUCAGCAAUUUUUCAUUCGAAUGAACGGCAUACCAGUUAUUUUUCUACAUUCAUUACUCUCUCAUUUGCAUAGCGCUGAUGUCACGCUGAGGUUAUUUGCAUAAAGCUUACCCAAGUACACUUUGCAGAAAAGCCUGUGAUGACCCUGAGCCGCACCGGGAUUGACCAACAACACGUAUUUGACUGUGCUUUGCUUUUCUUCCUGCUGAUGGUCCCUUGUUUAAGUGUCUUGCUGUAGCGCCUGCAUGUGGAUGCCUUUAGCUGUCCAGGCAUCUUUAAAGUUGGUCACCCAAGUAAUGCCACUUGUACAUCAAGUGAAUUCAAGUCACUAACCACAGACCAGUGUGAUUGAUUUAGUGGGAUCUAUUAGCAGAAAUGUAAUAUAAUAUUCAGUGGUAUGUUUUCAUUAGUGUAUAAUCAACUAAGUGUUGCAUUUUUGUAAUCGUUCAGCCAUGGCUUACAAUUUUGAGAAUGAGUAUUAGUUUUUAUAAAGUUUACUGUUCCAGUGGUUUGAAAUAUUUUUGUUGGAUGUUGCUGGGUAAACUGAACUAGUACAAGCAUUUCAGGAGUGUCAAA